CUUCAGGGAGGAGAAGCUGGGGCGCGGAGGACAGAAAAGGCUGCGGCGGCGCAGCUCUGGGAUUCCCGGGCCCCGCGGGUCGAGGUCGGACCCGCCGCAGCCGCCCGCCGGCGCCGAGCUCCGGUGGCCUCUCCAGGAAACGUCAGUCUCCGCCCGGGGAUCUGGGAGCACCGCCCCCUCCGACCUCCCGGGACCCCCGGCUCCGGCGCGCGGGCGAUGGGCGGCCGCUGAGCGGGCGCUUGGAACCGCGACCCCCAGUUCUCGGCAUGGCAGCGCGAGAAGAGCUGUACAGCAAAGUCACCCCGCGCCGGGACCGCCUGCAGCGCCCGGGCACGGUCAAGCAUGGGUCGGCGCUGGACGUGCUCCUGUCCAUGGGCUUCCCCCGCGCCCGCGCACAAAAAGCUCUGGCAUCCACAGGAGGAAGAAGUGUUCAAGCAGCAUGUGACUGGUUGUUCUCUCAUGUUGGUGACCCCUUCCUGGAUGACCCCCUGCCUCGGGAGUAUGUCCUCUACCUCCGCCCGACCGGUCCAUUAGCCCAGAAGCUCUCAGACUUCUGGCAGCAGUCCAAGCAGAUCUGUGGGAAGAACAAGGCCCACAACAUCUUCCCCCACAUCACCCUCUGCCAGUUCUUUAUGUGUGAGGACAGCAAGGUGGACGCACUGGGAGAAGCCCUACAGACGACUGUCAGUCGCUGGAAAUGCAAGUUCUCAGGCCCGCUGCCCCUGGAGCUCUACACGUCCUCCAACUUCAUUGGGCUCUUUGUCAAGGAAGACAGCGCAGAGGUCCUCAAGAAGUUUGCGGCUGAUUUCGCUGCGGAGGCUGCGUCUAAAACUGAAGUGCACGUGGAGCCUCAUAAGAAACAGCUGCACGUGACCCUGGCAUACCACUUCCAAGCCAGCCACCUGCCCACGCUAGAGAAGCUCGCCCAGAACAUCGAUGUGAAGCUGGGGUGCGAUUGGGUGGCCACCAUAUUCUCUCGGGAUAUCCGGUUCGCUAACCAUGAGACGUUACAGGUGAUCUACCCCUAUUCCCCUCAGAAUGAUGACGAGCUGGAGUUGGUCCCUGGGGAUUUCAUCUUCAUGUCUCCCAUGGAACAGACCAGCACCAGUGAGGGCUGGAUUUAUGGCACCUCGCUGACCACUGGCUGCUCGGGGCUGCUUCCUGAGAACUACAUCACCAAGGCUGAUGAGUGUAGCACCUGGAUCUUCCAUGGUUCUUACUCCAUCUUAAAUACGGUGUCCUCGAGCUCACUCACGUUUGGUGAUGGAGUAUUAGAGAGGCGGCAGUAUGAGGACCAAGGACUCGGGGAGACAACACCUCUCACUAUCAUCUGCCAGCCCAUGCAGCCCCUGAGGGUCAACAGCCAGCCUGGACCCCAGAAGCGAUGCCUCUUUGUAUGUCGGCAUGGGGAGAGGAUGGAUGUUGUAUUUGGGAAGUACUGGCUAUCCCAAUGCUUUGAUGCCAAAGGCCGCUAUAUUCGCACCAACCUGAACAUGCCUUAUAGCUUACCUCAGCGGAGCGGCGGUUUCCGGGACUAUGAGAAAGAUGCUCCAAUCACCGUGUUUGGGUGCAUGCAAGCAAGACUAGUGGGUGAAGCCUUGUUAGAAAGUAACACCAUUAUUGAUCACGUUUAUUGCUCUCCAUCCCUACGCUGCGUUCAGACUGCACAUAAUAUAUUGAAAGGUUUACAACAAGACAAUCACUUGAAGAUUCGGGUGGAGCCAGGCCUAUUUGAAUGGACAAAGUGGGUUGCUGGGAGCACGUUACCGGCAUGGAUACCUCCGUCAGAGUUAGCUGCAGCCAACCUGAGUGUUGAUACAACCUACAGACCUCACAUUCCAGUCAACAAAUUAGUGAUUUCGGAAUCCUAUGACACCUACAUCCACAGGAGUUUCCAGGUGACGAAAGAGAUCAUAAGCGAAUGUAAAAGUGAAGGAAAUAACAUCCUGAUUGUGGCCCACGCGUCUUCCCUCGAAGCAUGUACCUGUCAACUCCAGGGCCUAUCCCCUCAGAACUCCAAGGACUUUGUACAAAUGGUCCGGAAGAUCCCAUACCUAGGCUUUUGUUCCUGUGAAGAACUGGGAGAAACUGGAAUAUGGCAGCUGACAGACCCUCCCAUCCUUCCCCUGACUCAUGGACCCACUGGGGGCUUCAACUGGAGAGAGACUUUACUGCAAGAAUAAGCCGCCUCAGAGGUGGGAAGAACUGGCCUUUUGUGGAUGAGUCCUCAGGAUGUUCAGUGACUGUGGAAAAGCCCACACUGCGUUCAAAGGGGACAGCUCAGAAUCAGUUAGCAUACUUCUGUUCACGCUUCGGGGUCUUCCGGUGAGACUGUGUCGAUGAGAGAAAGGCAUGAUUCAGGGCGAGAAAAAACAAAAUUCAUCUUCUCUGGACUUGCCUAGCUAGGAAGGCUUUGGAGAACCGUCUUCCUAAGCUAGGUGCCUGCUGCAGCAGAGACUACCAUCCUCCUUCAGGCUAUGUAUGCAUGGCUAAAGAGCCUCACUCUUCUCCCCGAGAGCUGCCCGCACCCUCAAGAGGCAUGCAAGGGGAAGGUCUGUGUCUCGAAUCCAACUGGAGAUGGGGUAGUCUUCUGUACUCCGUUUGCAAGUUAGGCAGAGCCACACUGAGGAGUGCUUUGAUGGUUGUCAGCAACCAUAAGAAUAGUCCUCGGGUCACACAGCAGAUGCCGCAAGGACCCCCACUCUUCAUCCCGGCACCACCGCUUCGUCUCUAGAGCAGCCUGGCCCUUCAUACUUCUGUCUGUGAAACGGGGAGAAAAGUACUUGUGCUCUCCAAAGCACUUUGAGAUACUCAGGAGGAAUCAAGAAAAUGAGUGACGUAUCGGACGGGAGGUAUACCGACUUGCCGAACAUUAAUCAAGUUGAAACUGCCCCUGGGAUAGCCCGACGGACUGUGAAAUCCCUGAGUCUGUCUGAAUCAAGAUAUGUCUUUCUACCCAGGCAGUUAAGGAGAUUGACAUUUGGAAGGAUGUAGGUUUGAUUCAUUAUUUGGAUCAGGAAAAAAAAAACAAAACAAAACCUUCCUUCAGUGCAAUAGUAGAAACUAUACUGAGGGUUGUGUUGUACACAAACAGUCCACAUUACCUGUAGCAGAACGCCCACAGGUGAACCAGUUCUAGGUUGUCUGAGGAAGCCCAGGGACUAACAUGAAUGAUGACAGUCACAGCUGCACUGCUUCUCUUGCUGUCCUCUUUCUUUGCUUUUCUAUGGUAAUUUAAAACAAAACAGAUGGGAGGAAGAAGUACUUGAAGGAAGUUGGAGAGACACAGCCUAUCUGUGGACUCUCAUCACCCCUACUUCCCGUAUUUAGAGGGUGUGUAUUUAAAAGCAGAAUAAAUGACAAUCAAACCAAAACAUCACUUAUCAAUGCUUAUUUAAUUGUGUGGACAGCCGUUAGGGCCGCAGUCAGUAACCUGGUCUGAGGUAGUUCGUGAGUGUAGCGUGUGUGUGCAAAUCGAAAUCCCAGCCACUGAGAAGGAACACUGAUAUAAACCAAAUGCAUUCCUGUGCCCUGUAGUACCUGAGAUUGGAAUUUGAUAGCCCACCCCUGAAAAGAAGAGGAAGGGUCAAGGUUGCCGGCUACAUGUGAAUCAGCAAAGGGAUGACAUUUAUAGUUUUAAAGGCGCUUAGAGAAAUAGUCAUGAAUUUUACAUUUUAAUUAAAUAAGCUGUGAUUUUUUUUUUUUUUUCUGGUACUGAAAGAACACAGGCCCAACUCCUGGCACAGAUGUUACCCUGUGCUGACACAUUCAUUAUGUUUUAAGCUUAAAAUAUCCUGAAGGAAAAAGACUCCAAUUAAAAGCUUUAAAAGAAAAGUCACAUUACAGCCACUUUGAUGUUCCUGUCGCUCAUUCUUCUGGUAUUUGUGAGUCCUCGGUUCACUCAGAUCCAAAAUGAUUCACCACCAACUUCCCAGACUUGGUGCUCAGAAUAAGUCUUAAAUACUUUCCAUCAGAUUUCCUUGGCACUGUAAAGAAUGCUGUGGACAGUGUCUUUACUUGUAAAACACUUCAUCCUAGGUUCUCCUCCCUCUCGGUUGUCUUAGCCUUAAGUGUCCAAGUAAAUGAAUCACUUUGGUUGUGCCACAUUCCAUUGUCCUCAAUCCAAUAUAGACAGAGUUUUGGGCCAUUGUCUACAGAGCCAAAGAGGAUGGAAACUGAAGUAAGUUUCUGAAUAACUUGUGGAAAACUCUUUAGUACAGAAAAGUUUAAUUACCCGAAUUGCUUAUCAAAAUAUGCUGGAGGAUCUGAAGUCAAUGAACAUCUUAUUGCAUGGUUGCCUAUUAUGGGGAUAAGACUGGCAAGAAGGACGGGGGCAGCCUGACUUAACGUCUGUUUAGGGCAAUGUCCAUAUUACAGAGGUGAUGGGGGUGGGGUCGUUAGGCGCUUUCCAUCUUUAAACACAUUGGAGAUUGAGUCCAUCUAAGCAGUCCUUUGGGAAUCACGUCGGAUCUGUGUGCAGUGACGUCUGCUUCAUCAGAUUUCAUAUGCAUACAGAAGUUCUCGGCUGACAGCAGACUCUGAGCUGAUGCUAGCUCUUUUUGACCGGCAGCUCAUGCUAGCUCAAGUGAUAUCUGGGAGAAGGAAUGAGUCCCAAACAGGGCAGGAAGAUGAUAAUUUAAAAAAAUUUUUUUCACCAUGCCCCCACCCUUUUUCUGGUAAGUGUCGGGAAGGCAUCUGAAGUCUACCAGGGAAGAUUAAAUGAGUCAAAGGGUUUAGUGUGGGUUUGCAAGUCUAAACGGUGUCCUGUUUCACCAAAUGUGCACGUGCUCCAGCCUUGUUCCUAGGUAGGACUUCGUCCCUGUGGUUUUCUCUGUGGACUGUCUAGAAUAAUUGGUGCAUGUAAAUGCCCACGCUGGGGCUGUCCUUUUCCCAGGCUUUCCUCACCACCACCACUGCUGGGCUGUGAGGAGCCCUGUACCUCACCCCAGAGUGACAAUAGCAUUCAGAUGACUGUGCUUCUAUCCCUCUGCAUUCGGAGUCAUCCAGUCUGAAUGGCUGAUGAAGUAGCCUUCUGAUGGCUGAAAGAGGGUGUUAUUUUUCACCCUGUAAUGAAAGGCUUGGGAGACCCUACUUUUUUAUUUUAACUAUACUUUAACCAAAGAAUUAUUUUAACGUAGCCGUAUAUUUGAAAGAUGAUUUUACAAAAUAUAAAUGAAUAAAUAAAGAAAAAUAUGAAGCAUGUCUUCUGGAGCCAUAUGGCUUUUAGUAAGUACCGCUGUUGAUCAUUUUCUUGCCACUUUUGUUUGGAAUAAACAUAGAUGGUCUUCCUGCCCUGUAUGUGUCUCCUCCACUCUGCAAGUUGUAUCCCUGUGAAAAUGAAGUCCCUUAUUUCAGUUAUCUGAUGCCAUGGGGCACUCACGGAAGGGCAGCAGGAAGAGAAGGUCCUGUCUCGCUGCCUUUGUAGAAAGCCUUGUUUCUGUGCUCCAAGAACAGCAUUCCUCCGUAACCUAGGCACUUGGUUUAAUUUCAAAGCAGUGAUGAAUUGCUCUUUUGAAUCUACUCUCUGUAUAUUCAUGUGUUAGAAUACAGAUGAGCCUCCCUCUAAGCUUCACAGGCAUCGGCAGUGUCAACUGUACCAAAUCUGCACAAAGUUGGAUAAUGAGGCUCCUGGAGAUUUGCAUUUAAAUUGUUAUCUGGCACAUGCAAGUGAGGAGAAAAAAAGAGGGGUCUAGUCUCGUGAGCCUGUGCUGCCUCAGGGAUAAGACUGGCAAGAAGGACAGGGGGCAGCCUGACUUAAUGUCUGUUUAGGGCAAUGUCCAUGUUACGGAGGUGAUGGGGGUGGGGUUGUUAGGCGCUUUCCAUCUUUAAACACAUGACUAAAAUUGGAUUUGCUUUACCAUUGAUUUCUGGGAAGGUGGCCGUAGGCAUUGCCUUUCAACACAAAGGAAAGAGCUGCUCUGUCACAUACAGUAUUUCUGUGUGUAGCUUGAAGACGUAGAGUCAUUAGUAGUCAAACACUAUAUGGUCAGCCCCCACAAAUAUUUGCCCGGUAGUCCUUAGCCGCUAUUACUUGCACAGAAAAAAGUGCAGCUGUUCAACUGUUUGUGUACAGGAUCUGUGUGCAAAAUGAAAACAAUGUACACUGGUUCUUCGGUUGCCGCUAAGAUGGGAACAGCAUCCCAGAGCCUUUGAGCUUUGCAUAUACCACUCUGAGCAUGUCAGUUUCUUUCUCACAUAUGAGACUUUUGUGUCAUGCUUUUUUUUUCCUAUCUGAUUUGAGUGUAUUUAUUUGGGGGGGGGGGGAGCUUGUAAUUAUAAAAAUAGAAAACUGCACCUAGCCAUACUGCCAAAUUCCUUGUAAGCUUUGCUGGCUGAGAAGCUGAUCUUCUGGACAAAGCUAGGACCAUAUCCACUGAAAUGGUUCUUAGAUGACUUAAUAAAAAGAAACUGUGUCCUCAGCCGACCUAGAGCAGAUUAA